CACCAUAACCAUUUGCUUUUUCUUCUCAGAAAUAUCAGAAUAAACCCAAAUCCUCCCCCUUCCUAACCCGGGCUCUCUCUUCUCUAUUUUUUCCUUCAGGAAAGCGUGCAUGCAGCCACGUUUUUGUUGAUUUUGACAUCUCUUUUUCAUUUUUUAUUGCUUUAAAACAGUGCAAAAGAGAUGAGCUAAAUAGAGUUGGAGAAGAGGGAGUUGAGGGAUCUGCAGAAAUAUGCUUUUAAGCCUUCAGGUCCGCUGAUCAGGGAUGGGGAAGAAAGGGGGCUGGUUUUCUGCAGUGAAAAGGGUGCUUAGUCCUGAAUCAAAUGAAAAGAAAGAUAAGAAAACCCGUAAAUCGAAAAGAUGGUUUGGAAGACAGAGGAGCGCGGAUUUGGAUGCUGUACAAACAGAAAAUGCAAUCGCAACUCCUGCAGCCUCAUCUACUGUGGAGGAAGUAAAAUUGACUGAAGCUGAAAAUGAGCAGAAUAAACAUGCCUAUUCUGUUGCUCUUGCCACUGCCGUGGCAGCAGAAGCAGCUGUAGCAGCUGCUAAGGCAGCAGCAGAGAUUGUUCGGCUCACAGCUGCAGCUCAUUAUUCUGGCAAAUCAAAGGACGAAAUUGCUGCUAUCAAGAUUCAAACAGCUUUUCGUGGAUACAUGGCAAGAAGGGCAUUGCGGGCUUUAAGAGGAUUGGUGAGGUUGAAAACUAUGGUUCAAGGGCAAUCUGUCAAACGUCAAGCAACAACCACCUUAAGAUGCAUGCAGGCCCUCGCCCAUGUGCAAUCUCAGAUUCAUGCAAGGAGAAUCAGAAUGUCAGAGGAGAAUGAGGCUCUCCAGAGACAGAUCCAACAGAAGCGUGAGAAGGAGCUUGAGAAGCUGAGAACAUCUAUUGGAGAUAACUGGAAUGACAGCACUCAAUCAAAGGAGCAACACGAAGCAACCCUGCAGAGCAAGCACGAAGCAGCUAUUAGAAGGGAAAGGGCAUUGGCUUAUGCAUAUUCGCAUCAGCAAACACGGAGAAACUCUUCUAAAUCUGCAAACCAGACGUUCAUGGAUCCAAACAAUCCUCAGUGGGGGUGGAGUUGGUUAGAGCGAUGGAUGGCUGCCCGGCCUUGGGAAUCAAAAACUGCAGUUGACAAAGAGCUCAACAGUGAUCGUGCUUCUCUAAAGAGUGCAACCCGAGCUGCUUCUGUUGGGGAAUUCCGCCCAUACUAUGAUGAUAAUAAGCCUUCUCCAUCUGCUCAUAGGCAAAGCCGCCCUCCAAGUCGUCAAUCACCUUCAACUCCCCAUUCAAAGACACCAACCUCGUCCUACAUUACAGGAAAGAUGAGGUCACCAAGUGUAAAAGGAAGUAACCGUUUGGAUGAAGACUCUAGAAGCUUCUGCAGUGCACAGUCAGAUUUCCAACGGAGGCAUAGUAUAGCUGGUUCUUCAGUGAGGGAUGAUGAGAGCCUUGCAAGCUCUCCUGCAGUUCCUAGCUACAUGGCCCCUACGCAUUCAGCUAAAGCCAAGUCCAGGUUACCAAGCCCCAUGGGUUUGGAAAACAAUGGGACACCAGACAAAGGAUCAGUUAGUUCUUCGAGGAAGAGGUUAUCUUUCUCCACUUCUCCUGCUACCGCAAGGAGGCACUCUGGGUCCCCUAAGAUGGAUGCCAGCUCUGUUAAAGACAUCAAUGCUACCUCAUGAGGAUGAAAGCCAGCCAAUGACAAAUGUAGAUAUGAGAAGACAUCAAUGUUUAUAUAAACUUAAGACAGCUGGUAUGAUUUUGAAAUAACAUAUAACCAAUCGAACAAUUCGAGCUGUUUUCGACCUCUUGGACAAUUUGAGAAGAAUGAAUAGAGUGAAAACUGAAUGAGAAGAACUGUUAGUGAUCUCAGGUGAAAAAGGUGUCGCUUUGGAUUCUGAAAUUUAUCAGUUUGGAUAGCAACCUAUAUUUGAUGUAUAUUUUUGGCUUCAAGAUGAUCUUAUCUGGGAAUUCUUUGAUAUAUAUGCUGCUUCAGUUCUGUGAAUAAUGGGGUAAUGUAAACAUUUGGUGAUGUUCAGUUGGAGGAUAGACAUUUCAGCUUGUCGUGUACAAGGUUUAUAUAUUAGCCCUGAUAGUAAAGCAAGCUUGUCACAAAAGGUGCAUAGACAAA